AUGAUGCAACAGCCGGCCUCUACAAGGCAGCCCAGUGAGACGGAAAUACCGGGAAUCUUCACUUCGGAGCACGUCGAGCUCGAUGGCCCCGCCAUCGGCAGCGACGGUCGCCCGCAUGCCAUCAAAUAUACGUCUCUGCCCGCCUAUCACUCCCCGCUACGACACCACAAGCGAGCUGCCUCGUCCACGCGCAGAGUCAAGGAAACUCUCAAUGCGCGCUCCGAGUAUAGCAACUCUGAAGAUGACGGCACCGCCCAGCACCGCAUCAAUCAGUACCUCAUCAAGCAGGAGAUAGGCCGCGGCUCAUUUGGUGCCGUCCACCUCGCCGUGGACCAGUACGGCCAAGAAUAUGCUGUCAAAGAGUUCUCCAAGUCGCGCCUGCGCAAACGCGCGCAAUCGAACCUGCUGCGGCGGCCGUCCGCUCGCCGACGACGACAAGGCGCCCUCGCCGCCGGCCUGGGCUUCAAUUCCCCGCUGCACAGGCAUGCGGCGGGGGGAGAAGAAGAGCAGAACUCGUUGGACCUUAUAAAAGAGGAGAUUGCCAUCAUGAAGAAGCUGAACCACCCGAACCUCGUCUCAUUGGUCGAAGUGCUCGACGACCCGGACGAGGACUCGUUGUACAUGGUCAUGGAGAUGUGCAAGAAGGGCGUCGUCAUGCAGGUAGGUCUCGAGGAGCGCGCAGACCCGUAUCCAGAGGAGCAAUGCAGAUGUUGGUUCCGCGAUAUGAUAUUAGGCCUGGAAUAUCUGCACGCCCAAGGCAUCAUACACCGCGACAUCAAGCCCGACAAUUGUCUGAUUACCGGCGACGAUGUACUGAAGAUUGUCGAUUUCGGUGUCUCAGAAAUGUUCGACAAGCAGGAUCAGAUGAAAACAGCAAAGUCAGCUGGAUCUCCUGCGUUCAUGCCUCCGGAGCUGUGCGUAGCUAGGCAUGGUGAAGUAGAUGGCAAAGCUGUCGAUAUAUGGUCAAUGGGAGUGACGUUGUUCUGCUUGCUAUUUGGACGGAUACCCUUCGAGCGACAUGGCAUGAUCGAGCUUUAUCAGGCGAUCCGAAUGGACCAACCUGAGUAUGACGAUUGCGACGAGAAUCUCAAAGAUCUAAUGCAGAAACUUUUGGAGAAAGAUCCGGAGAAGAGGAUCAACAUGGAGCAGAUACGAGAACACCCUUGGGUGACCAGGAACGGGACUGAUGCUUUGUUGCCUAGGGGUGAGAAUGUAGCUGCUAUGGUAGAGCCCACGGAUGAGGAAGUCGAUGCCGCUAUUACUGGAAACAUGGGCCACUUGGUUACCGUGGUGCGAGCAGUGAAGCGAUUCAAGCAACUUCUCUUCCGAAGAAGACCAGAACGUCUCGAAGGAAUACUAGGCAGCGCAUCUCGCAUCGUCCAACCGCCACUCUCCAUGCGACCCUCCGGGCUGCGCAAAUCAAGAUCACAAGAUGCCGACGACCGUCGGCCUAUCGAAGGUGCACUAGCAACCGAAGGCGUUCACCACGACAUCGAAAUUGACAACGACGUCCGGCGCAUUCCUCAAGGCAUAGAUAGAGUCGCCUAUGAAAAGCCCGGUUUCCGUCCCGGCAUCUCAAGCUCGAGAAGCCAUCCCGCAAAAGUCAGCACAACAAGCAGUCCUAUAUCACCACAACCUGUUGGCAUCACCGAUGCAAAAGUCAUCCACGAAAACAUGUCCCAUCGUCCCGCACCUAGCAGACCCAUUACGAUUCCCACUGGGCUGAUUUCUUCCGCACCCGGAACCCCUGUCGGUAAAGACACACUCUUCCUCGACAUCGGCACGGGCAAUGACAGUGCUCUUUCAGGCGACGACGCGCACAUCGUAAGCGAGUCACCCGGCGCCGUCGACAUCAAUGUGUACGAGACAGCAUACCGAGAAGAAGUAGACCGCAUCCUCGCCCGGCAACGCGACACCUCUAGCACGCCAGGCGCAGGCGUUCGACGACCUACCCUCUACCUCACCCGACGCAUCGAGAACGUCAAGUCUAUCAUACGCGACGCGCCCGAAGCCGUUUUCGACCACGGCAAGCAGCCUCCCACGCCUUCAGAUAUGAAGACUGGGUUCAAGGGCCUCGUGGAGAAAGCCAAAUUGAACAUCGAGUACCGCGGCGAGUGGCAGAAGCUGAAUGAGGGGAAGGAGGGGAAGCUGAGUAGGAUCACGAGGAACGUGAGAGAGAAGAAGAGAGCGGUGGAGGAAGAGAGGGAGAUUAUCCGACGGGAGGACAGGGGGAGAGGGAGAGGGAGAAGGCGUUGGGUAUAUCUGGGGACAAGGAGAAGGAGGGAAGGAGAGGGAGUGCAAGUUCGAGGAGUAGUACGCCUGUGCCAGGGUUGA